GUAGUGGGGUGGGACCUUAUAACUCUAUUUAACUUGCGCCCACAGCGGUUUCUCCCCUUUGUAGGUAUUAAUCUUAUCGGUGAAGCUGCGGGCUCCCGCGUUUGCUUUCGCUCCUAAAACAUUAGAAAUCUGGAUUCUGCAUUUGGAGCUUGUUCAACAAACGGCUCCGACGUCCUCGGCUUUGAAGAUCUGAAUUUCGAAACCGCAUUAUUUAUUCACUCUUCACAAAUCACUCCUUUCUAGAAUUCAACUACGUCAACUUGUUUUCGUAGCAACAUGAUAUAACAGUGUCUACUAGGUUGUCCCCCCGAAGGUGCUACUCGGACACCACCACUAACCACCUUCUACCACCAUCACUAACCAUGGAUCGUCACACAACACCGCCGUUUAUGCUACGGCUAUUCUAUCGAACCGGCGCGUUUCACAGACCCGACGAGUUCACUACGUCACCUCUUCCGCCGCAUAUCACCAUCCACACCUGGCCCGAUUGCACUUUAACAGAACUCACAUACAUCAUCGCCGCCGCGAGACCUGGCCUCCUCCCCGACCCAGCUAUUGGCACGCGCCUAGUCUUCCGUCUCAUAUUCCCCGAUACACGAGGCAGCAACGCCGUCGCCGCGGGCCACCAUAGCGCUUCUGCAAAAUACACUGUCAAAGACUUGGGGAGUGUAGUAAUAGGGGGUGGUAGUGGGGGCAACGGGAAUCGGGGAAGAGGUCUGGAUCCCGAGGACCCAGAGGCUGAGGGUGGGGAGGAUCCAGACGCUGCUGGGGUUGAUAAUGAUGGUGACAAGACCCUAGGAGAGUCUAGGUUCGUUGUUGGUGAUUAUAUCUCUUGCGCUGUCCUACACCCGCUGCCUGAUGGGUCUGUUGCGCCUGCAUCUAGUGCUAGGACUGGCCCUAGUACCAACCCCAGAGAACCCAGAUACUCUGCGGGAAGACCUCCAAGCGGCUCGUUUGGGAGCAGGGAGCAUGAAAACGGGCAUGUUCGACCUGGUAGGUCAAGGAACAGCGGAAGAGGAUUCGAUGGGUUUGGUAACAUACCCAUGGGUGAGUGGAGAAGAGGAGAAAGACUACCUGACCCGCCUGCAAUGGGCCGAGGUAGAGGAGGAAGACAACGGUUUUGAUAUACCGUGGAUGUCAUCAUGGUGGUGUGGCUUACGAUGGCCUCUAAGAUGGGGGACGGCCGGGUUCCAAAUCAGACCGGUAGACAAUGGAUGGUAGAAAAAAUAUGGGAAGAAUGGUAUAGAUAUGUUCCGUGAGGACCAAUGAAAGAAUCGCAACACUAUGUCUGAGCUUCGCUGCUAGACGCGAAUUGAUACCCGAAUGCUCCGUUUGACAUUCAACAAAGAAAUCAUUGCAGAUACCCAACAUCGCCUGCAGUUUUGUACUUUUUCACAUUUCAUAUUUCUGAUGAUAUUGCAUAGUUUGGGGUCUGGUGCAUGGGAAUUGGGUGAGGGAGCAUUUGCAUCAUUAAAAGUUUGCUAUAUCAUUUCUUAUUCGAUGGGUGUUAUUAUUUAUCUCAACUUUAUAUGGCAGCAUUUUAUCACCAAUUGACAUGGCCUAUCAUGGCAAUUAUGAGUGACUUCUAUUCUACUUCGUGAAAGGAUCAUAGUUUGUGAGAGGGAACAAUUUACGACAUCAAUCGAUUUAAAUUUAUCUCCCAUCUAGAAAAAUAUGCCCAUUGCCAGUUGCC